GCAUUAGUUAAAUAUUAUAUUUUCAGUAAAGUUUUUGCUUAUCACUAGUAAACGUAGUUAUCGUAAAAGAUUAUUAUAGAUAUAGUUAUCUCUUGAAAAAUUAUCCUUGAAAAUUUAAUGAAAAUGGUCUCGAUUCCUCAAAGUAAAUUAAUGUCCAAGUAUCGCUUUUUGGAAGGGUACAACGACGUCAAAACGUGCCGCGAUGCACGCCAGGCAGCGUCGAACGUGGUCAACAAGACUAUGGCAUUCGCAGAAAUGUGCUUCAACGAGGAAAUCGGAUUCAAAUCGUGCCAAUCCACUCUGCUCCUUCAUGACGACAGCUGGCCGACGGUGGCCGAAUUCAACAUAUUCGCCGCUUUACCAAAAAUCGACGCUUUCAUGAAGUACACGUACCCCUGGCUUAGUAACUGGCCGCACUCGACGAGGCACCUGAAAGAAAUUAUUGUUUCCAAAAACCUUUCCUUCCACGUCUUCGAGGUAUGCUACGGCGCGGCACGGAUUUCUUACCCGGUGGUACAGACCACUUUCUCCGUGUAUUUCGUUUUUGAGAUCAACCGGUUGGUGGACCAAGGGUCGGACUGCAUCGUCAAGUACUUCUUGGAGGGUUCGGACGAAGAGCUCAUCCCUUACGUGAACGACAAUAUAACACAGCCACGGGUGAAAGCUCUCCUCAAAGUGAAGCUGGCCCUCUCGUCGACAAUCAACCUCGGCUCGACCGUCCAAAUGUCCGACGACACCAUCAGGCAGCUCAUUCAUAUGAAGAAACAGAUGCUGAAAGAUUUCCGGUUCGUGACCAACACUGCCGCGUCCCACGAGACGAUCCCGUUUCCUUACACGGUUCACAUCCAACUGAACGAAAAAUGCUCAGUGCACGGGAAGAACUGCCCCAUCUUCCGCGUAAAGUCACAGUCGUACUGUACUGGUACUACUCACCUAGAGGAAGACGAAGAAGAAGACAUCUGGACACUAUCUUCGGAUUCGCUCUCGAGGGAAAGCUUUGAACGAUACUCGUUUUAUGACAGCCUCGACACUGCGGACCUUGUAAAAGACGCUGUCGACGAGAGUAAAACCAAGAACCGUUCUCGCACGGUGUCGAUUCGAACUUUGAGCCCCGGUGUUUAUGAAUAUGAUUAUGACUAUGACAAUGACAAUGACAAUGCGGUCGUCUUCGACAAAAAGAAUGAAGACGAAUUCGACUUGGAAUACGAUUUCGAUGAUGAUGACGACAAAGAAUAAGCGGUUGGAGCUUUCUUCUCGAGUGCUAAUUCGAGAUGCUUCAAAUUGAAGGACUGAAUUGAUGUCAUAUCGAGAACUAGAAUUCAGGAGGGAAGAAUUUGCACCUUGACUCCUUCAAUUCUUCUUGAUUAUACUCAAAUGAAAAUAAGUUUUCGUAUUAUUUCAUUUUGAACAUUUUCUUCAUUGAAAGUGUCUGUGAGUUUCGAUUUGCCACGACGGCGUAGUCAUAUCGACUGGCUUUCAUAUAGUUAGUUCAUAGCCUUUAAUCUAUUUUUUUCUUUUUUCUUUUUGUUUACACAUUUGUAACUUCUUAACUAUUUCAUCUCCCAA